UGCAAAUGUUCCAGACCACAAAGCAGAAGUUUGGGCUCGGAGGUUGCGCUGAUGGACUAAGCUGCAGAGAGAGAGAGAGCUUCCUCUUCUGCUUUCAGGAUGCUCCGUGGUUCACUGUGAGCGACCUCCGUCCAGCGUCAGUCCGAGCUGCGGGACGGGGCUGCACACAUGGCGGAGGGGGACGUCAACUACGCGUCGGUGGUUUUCAAGUCCGACCAACCGCGCAACACGACAAGCGCUGCGGCCGCAGCUAACGACGACACCGUGUACGACGAGGUGAAGGUGAAGAGCGAAGCGAGCCAACGAUCUGCUGACGCACACGGCCGUGAGCGCUGUCUGUGGCCCGUCGGCUGCUUGGCGAUCGCCUGCGUCCUCCUGCUGUUGGGCCUCGUGGGCGUGGCUAUCUACCUUGCUACAAUAAGUGAUGAAAUAACAAAGAUGAACCAGUUAAGAGAAAACCUGCUGGCGGACAAACAAGACCUGAGAAAUGUCAGUGAGCAGCUGAACAAGGAACUCAACAGUCUGAAGCUGCAGCUGGAAAACAUGACGCAAAACUAUAAUGUCUCAGAAGGUAAGAACACGAAGCUGGAGAACGUGAUCCAGGAGCUGAAGGAGAACUUCACAAAACAAAUCACAGACCUGGAGGACAACUGGGAGAAGUUCAAUGUCAGCAGAGCUCAGUGGACCAUCGACUCCUACUGCCCAGCAGAUACAAGUAAAGUGAGAAAGUGUUCAGCUUGUCUGAAAGGCUGGGACCAGAUCCAGAAGAGCUGCAUUGUGCUUCAUAACAGUGAAGCUCCUUCUGAGCUUAAAACCUGGGAAGAAGCUCGAGAGAACUGCAGAGGAAGGGAUGCAGAUCUGGUUGUUGUUCAUGAUGAGGAGGAAAAGAACGUAAUCGAUGCUAAGAUCACACACAUCCCUGUAUCUCAGGGGUACUGGAUGGGCCUGAGGGUUGAAGGAGGGACGUGGAAGUGGAUCGAUGGAACUGAUCUGAUGAACGCCUCCUGGAUAGAACGUCCUGCUGAAGGUCAAUGUGCCGUUUCUCUCGGGACCAGAACAUGGACAUCAGUGAAGUGUGAUGAGAAGAGAACAAGGAUCUGCUCACAGAAAGCUUUGUCUGUUUAAACGUCUCAUCUUUCAUUCUCCAGAAGGUUCCUGGAUGCUCCUACAUGUGACAUCAAGAAGCUCAUCAACAUACAAACAUGUAGGAUUCUACUUCACAACUAUGAUUUUAUUCAAGGUUUUCAUUUCUACAGAAAAAAACUUUUAUUUUCUAAAGUGUUGUGUUCUUCAAAGCAGAAUCUCAGCUUCAAGGUGUUUUAUUGGAUCCAAUAGAUACUUUGAGUGUGAAUUCAGACGUCAGGACCAAACUGUUGAUUGUUCAUAACUUCCUGUGUGUUUCCUUGUGAUCUGAUUUACACAUCAGCAGCUUCCUGUUUUCUCCCUGAUUUAUUUCUUCUUGUUUCUACCUUUGACCAGCAGGGGGCGCUGCCUGCUGGUUCUCUGCACUUUGCAUCAAUACUUAGAACCAUGUUGAACUUGCACAGCUGAUGUUUCUCAGUUUAUCUUUGUAGCAGCAGGUUCAUCUUUUGGUCUGUUGUUGUUGUUGUUGUUGUGAAUAAAUGUGCAGCCACA